ACCUCCCAUGAACCAACAUGGAAAUGCACACCCUUUAUAUAUAGCUGUAUAUACACCACGCCCACUUGCUAUUUUGCAGGUGAUGAUAACUCAAAAAACAUGGGAUAUUUGAAGAGAUCAAAGGAUUCCGCUGCUGUCCCUCGAACAAAGCCAGAUGGUAGAUGCAAGAAGCACCCAAAACACAAGCAAUCCCCUGGGGUUUGCUCCAUUUGUUUGAGUGAAAAGCUUUCUCAGCUUUCAACUACUAGCUCCUCAUCACGUGCUACUUCCUCUAUGGAUUCGCUUUCUUCUUCUUCUUCAUUGUCUUCUUAUUCUUCUUCUUCAUGUUCUUCUUGUUCUUCUCCAAUGCAUCGUUAUCGUCCUGGUCAUGAAGGGAAAGGAUCUUUUUCAUUCUUGUUAAGUGGCAAGAAUGUGCUCACCAGGAGUAGAUCUUUGGUUUUUAUUUCAAGAACUAAAAUCAGAGGCAACAAAGAGAAGGUUGAUAAUGAUCAUAAGAUCAAGAAAACUGGGUUUUGGUCUAAGUUACGACUACGUCCAAAGAAUAAGGGAAUGGAGGAGGGUUUAGUGCACUCGAGAACCAUUGAGGAAAGGAUGACGAUGAGUUUCAGUACUAGGGUUAAUUGAUAGAUGCAGUUUCUUAAUUGAUUCUUUUUUUUCUUUCCUCUUCUAUUCUUUUAUUAGGUUAGAAAGUUAGUUGUUAGUGUCACAACAAAAACAAGAAGAAAUGAGUCAAUAAAAAAAAAAACACCAUGCAUAAAGCAGCUGAAAGAUGAAUACUCAUGUGUUUCUAUUACAUUAAUCAUGUAUUAGUCACUUGUGAAAUUAAGCAUAUAGACAUAAUUCUACUGAUUACUAUACCUUUGUUUAAUUCAAUAUAUAGUUCCUCAGAUCUUCUUCAUUUUUUAUUCUUUUGUAAGAAUUGAUUCUGAUAUAGAAGUAGUUCGAGUUUGUCUCUGUGUAAUGAUAAGACAAAAAUUCCAUAUGUAACAGCAAGGAGACAUGCUGGCAUUUAGCCUGUCAUGUACAGAUUUUCAAGGCUAAAGUAAAUCAAAUGGUAUAUACCGGGGUUGAUAAAUU